GCUUGUUUCCUCCCACAAGCCACGGCAGCAGUAGGGCGGGGAAGGACGGUGACCUUAUAGCCUCCAUCCUGGCACCAGUACAGGCUUUAACCAGCCGAGCCUGCCGGGGCAAACUCCAACAUAGUAGCUAAAGCCUGACUCUGUUUUCGUUCCUGGGCAGGUCUAGCAGUUAGCACCAGCUUUCUGUUUUUAUUUCCAGUAGCGAUGAGCAAGGACAAGCACAGCAAGCAGGUGCCGGAGUGCACUGGACCUCUGUCCCCAUCCAAAGGCCAGAAACCUGCGAGGAUGCCCAAGUGCUCCCGCUGUAGGAACCACGGCUAUGUGUCUCCUCUGAAGGGACACAAGCGUUUCUGCAACUGGAGGGACUGCCAGUGUCCCAAAUGUAAACUGAUAGCUGAGAGGCAGAGAGUCAUGGCGGCCCAGGUCGCCCUGAGACGACAGCAGGCUCAGGAAGAGGAACUUGGGAUUUGUAGUCCAUUGUCUCUGUCCGGCCCUGAGGUGAUGGUGAAGAAUGAAACUGGAGCGGACUGCUUGUUCUCUGUGGAGGGACGAUCCCAGACACCUACCAGUACCUCCACUUCUUCUCUUGCUGUCACAGGGAGUCGCUCGGCGUCGUCCUCUAGCACGAUGGCCGGCGGCCGGGCUCAUACUGAGGGACCGUCUGACCUGCUGCUGGAAACCUCUUAUUACAACUUCUACCAGCCUUCACGCUACCCUACCUACUACGGCAACCUCUACAACUACCAGCAAUACCAGAUGCCCCAUGGUGAUGGCCGCCUGUCGAGCCACAACAUGUCCUCUCAGUACCGCAUGCAUUCCUACUACCCAGCAGCCACCUACCUGACUCAGGGACUGGGCUCCACCACCUGUGUGCCGCCCCUCUUCAGCCUGGAGGACAACAACAACAACUGCUCUGAGACCAUGGUGGCCUCCUUCUCCCCUGGCAGCAUCACCACUGGUCACGACUCCACCAUGACCUGCAGGUCCAUCAGCUCCCUGGUUAACUCUGACGUCAAUGCUGAGUGUGAGGCCACCAGCGAGACUCCAAACUUCACCGUCAACUCCAUCAUCGAUGGUGAUGCCACCAAAUAAAAGAAGCUAAGGAAAGCAUUAUACUACAAAAGCAUUGUGAUAUUAGUUGAGCAAAAAACGUGAUGUUCUUGCAAAACAGUUUCAUGGUUCACUGUUUCUGCAGGUUUCUCUGUUUCUGUCCAGGAGGCACGAUAACUUAUAUUCCAUAUUAUAAUUAGGAAUACAGGUUGUUUUCGUAUUUUUAGUUCAUUUUUAGCCUCAAAGCUGUUAAAUCUUUUAUUGAAGAGUGUUCACCAGCAUAGAAAAUGCUUGGAAAGUUAAAAAAAAAUUGGACGUUCACAAAUAACAACAUGCAAAUAUUUGAGAAGUUCUCUUCAGAAUAAGGCUGUUUCGAUAGAUUAAAGAUGACUAAACAUACGGUAAAUAAGUAUCUUGAUAAUCAGUAAUCAAGAUUGGACCAAAUUAUUCAAACUAGACGGUGACAUGUUGUGUAUUUGUAAAGUUGUACACUUGUUUUUCCUCUUCAGAAAGCAAUUGUUAAUGCAAAGUAAAGUGUUUUUUAUUAUCCAGAAGAUAAAGUGAGGCAAAAUGCACAAUAAUGAUGUUAAAAUCCUUUCAGGCUUACAGUAAAUUUGACUAGUGCAAUUUUCACAGUAUCAGUCAUGAAGUGUUUCCAUUAACAGUGAAUGAGCGGUGAUUAGUUAGAUAUUAGUGGACUAUUCUUCGACAAUCAGAAUACAGGCUUAGUGUUUGCUAAGAUAUAUUUUUUGAGCUGUAAAUCACUGUUAUUGUACAUGUACGAGCACCUAUUUAGAAAAUGUCAGAGGUGAAAUUUGGCCAAGUGGAGUCAGGGCACCCUAGUUUCCUGUAAUUUUCCCCUGGUUGACAUGCAAUACAUGCAGUAAUGCAUGUAGUAUAUUAUUGGUUCGUUUGUCUGUUUUGUGGUCCAGUAAACCAAGAGACAAUGUUGACCCCAUCCUUCCCAGUAAGCACUGAUUUGGUGAUUUGCAGGUUAAAAGAUGUCUAGACGUUGUAGGUUAAAAUUGGACAUUUGGUUAAAAAGUAAAAGUUCUCUUUUCUUUGUAUGUUAAAGUGUAACAUAACACCAGGCUGAAAAGCUGUGUUUUACUGCCCUCUUUGGUUGAAAGUUUCACGUGUGUUUCACCUGUACCCACACCCAACAGUGAUGUCACAGCGUACUGACACACCCUGGAGUACACUAAUACAUCACUGCAGCCAGGUGAGACGUUAAACCACUGGAGGUCAGCAAAAUAAAGACUUUCAGGGGGUGUUAAGUUACAUAUAACGGUUGUUUCAACAGUAUUUAAAUGACUAUACUGUGUUUCAAUGUGUUGGUAGGACCUGCGUCUCUUUAAAAGAUUGUCAUUAAGAUGCUGUUGAAACAGUUAGGAGUAACUACAAAUUAAACUAUCACCCAACCGAUACUGGAUGUUUGGGGCCGAUAUAGCGAGUUUAAAACUCUGAUGAUGAUACGUCGGAUGUCUUUUUUUUAUAAACACAAAUGUUUUUGAUGAGGAUUCCUUAAAGUUGAAUUGUGACCAAGAGAUGUACAGAGCAGGAUAUUUGAUCAGACUUUGCAUAAACUAUUGAUAACACUGUUUCUAAAUUACCUCAAACAUCUCUUUGGCAUUUCUGUACGGCAAUUUCUUAUUAGUCAUUGGCUGACAUAUACGAAUACAUCUGCAAUAACAUAAUAUUGGCUGAUAAAUCGGCCCAGACGAUUUAUCGUUUUAGCUCCAUUAAAAACUCAAAAUUCACCCAGAUUUAUACCUAGACAUCUUUUGACCUGCACCACUGGAAUACAGUAUUUACCCUCAACAACAAUCAGAUCAUUUUGGAAACGUCAACUGAUUUUGAAGAUGCUAAAGCUGCAUGCAUUUCCUUUCUCUGGUAUAAAUGAAACUCUCACUACAUCUCUGACAGAGCCACCAUCAGAGACACUGAGAUGUCCUUCUGCAAGACAAUGUGCAACUUGAGGGAGAAAACAGGCAGGUUCGACAUGAAUCAUGUUUCCCUCCGUUGUGUUGGCGUGUGCUGAGCACCGGCUGCUUAUUUAUGGCUCCGAUCCAGCGGCGUCGUUUAUACCAGAGAAUUUGCAUGUCUAUUGUUUAUUUAACCCCUUCAGGCCAGGAGUUUUUCUAUGCACACGGGUUACUGUUUACAACUGUUUACACACUUUGGUACGGCCUUGUAGAUACAACAGAGGCUGAGGUGCUGCAGCAGUGAUGUGUAGAGCUGAAACAAUUAGUUGAUUAAUCAGCAACCAUUCUGAUAAUCAGUUAAUCAUUUAAGGCAUUUUUUAAGCAAAAAUGCUGAACAUUUUAUGGCUUCAGAUUCUUCCAGUAGCAAGUAUUUGCUGCUUUUUCUUGUCUUAAAUUAUAGUAAAUUGAAUAUUUUUGGGUUUUGGACUGUUGGUCAGAUGUCACCUUGGGAUCUGGGAAAUUGCAAUUUUUCAUUGUUUUGUGAUGUUUUAUAGACCAAAUAACUAAUCCAUUAAUCAAAAAAAUAAUCAGCAUUAAUCGAUAAUAAGAAUAAUUGUUAGUUGCAGCCCUUGUAAUCUCUACAGUUGUGUUUUUAACAGAUAAAAUACCUGGUCGCAGUGUUUUUUGUGUAAGCAAUUACCCCAAAAUCAAACUAUAGUCAUUUUUUACUUCAUGAACUAAUAAAAGUAAUCCUGUGUUGCUCACUUUUGAGUUGUGUUGUUUAAGUGUUAAUUAAAGAAAACAACUCAGAUGAGCUUUUGCCAACUUUUCUGCCUUUGUGAAGCUGACUCAUACACUACCGUACUGUAUAUUGUUUAUGUGUUUUGUGUUUUAUGGAGAUUCGUUUUUCGAACUGCAUGCUUUGAAAGUGUUUAUUUGUGUUUGUGUUUGAAUAAGACAGCAACAAAAGUAAUUUGGAGUCUUGGAGUUUAUGUCGCUACAAGUUUUAGGGAAAUAAAAACGCUCUAAGUGA